GCUUUGCUUCGUAGUGUGUGCAGGUAUGAUCGAGUACAAGUACGGCGAUAUUGGCGCAUCUUAAAACAUACACAUACACAAACAAAUACACGCAUACAUAAAUUUAUAUAUAAAGAAAGAAAGAUACAGAGCGGAAUAGAUCUCGCUCGUGUGUCCUCGGAAGAAACGAGGAAGCGAUUGUAGAGAGAGAGAGAGAGAGAGAGAGAGAUUGUGAAUCACACACCAUCACACACGACCGAACGUGUCGGCGACAUUAGGACGAAACUGGCGAGAGUACUAUCUCUCUCUUUCACAUUUGUUUAUCUAUCGAUUUCACUUGUGUAUCACAAAGGCGCCGGUGCUACCAGACUCCCGGUGGCUCUUGCUCCAAUAGGAAGUGGCCUUGCCCACGUCGAAUACGCCGGCUCGCGGUGCGACCAAGAUUCCCUUUUUUUUUUGACAGUUCCGAGCUUCGAAGGUCCGAGGCCCAAAGACGACGGCGACGCGGCACCUCGAACAUUUCCUCGCUCUAGACAACUUUGGAAAAUUGGCGAAAGGUGUAACGCCAGUUUAGAAUUACCAAGCUAUCAUUGAGAUAUCUUGAAACGUAAAGAUGAAUAAAGUGGAUUAUAUGGAAGUAACUCUCCCGAAUUAUUCUUACAUUUUCAAUUUCGAGGAGACGUUCAGUCAGCACGAGACCAAACAAUGGAUGAUGAAGAAUUGGACGAAUGGUUUUUACUAUUGCGGAUUAUACAUGAUCCUAAUAUUCGGCGGACAACACUAUAUGGCCAGCAGGCCCAGAUUCGAACUCAGGGGAAUACUGUGUCUUUGGAAUACAUUAUUGGCUUCUUUUUCUAUCAUCGGCUUUACUAGAACGGCGCCCGAAUUAAUACACGUUCUCAGGCAUCACGGAUUGCUCCACAGCAUUUGCAUACCAAGUUUUAUCGAGCAAGAUUGCGUGUCGGGCUUCUGGACGUGGUUGUUCGUACUGUCGAAGCUACCCGAGCUCGGCGACACGAUCUUCAUUGUGCUGCGCAAACAGCCACUGAUCUUCCUGCACUGGUAUCAUCACAUUACCGUCUUAUUGUACUCCUGGUUUUCCUAUUCGGAGCACACCGCAUCCGCGCGAUGGUAUGUCGUGAUGAACUACUGCGUCCACUCGAUCAUGUACAGCUACUACGCUCUGAAGGCGAUGCGAUACAGGCCACCUAAAGUAAUCUCCAUGGUGAUCACCACACUACAACUUGCCCAGAUGGUGGUCGGUUGCUAUAUCAAUAUAUCUGCCUAUCAAUACUUGGAGAGCGGCAACGUAGACUGCAACAUCUCUCGCAUGAAUAUCCAUUUUAGCUUCGCGAUGUACUUGAGCUACUUUGUUCUAUUCGCGCGUUUCUUCCAUAAGACGUACCUGGCUGGAAAGAAGACCGACAAAAAGCACUUUGCCAAUAGCGCACCUGGUCACAUCGGCUAUAACGACAAGCUCAAAGUCAACUAAGGCGUUAAUCGGU